CAGCUCAAUACUUCUUUUCCUUUUUCUCUCUUUGUCCCCGUGCUUUGGGACACACAAAGGUAAGUGAAAGUGACUCACACACAUUCCUGAAUGACCUCAUUCAUUCCUUCACUCAUGCAAACAUCCCCCUUAUCCUCCUUUGUUUAGUAAUUAGACCACAGCGUUUUCUCUCACAACUCUUCCUGUCGUUGUGUCAGAGCCAAAAACCACAAAGUGUCCAACUUCCGGAUUACAUUUCUUCUUUAAUUUACAUAUAUGUAGAAAUAUUUUUUCCCAUCAGCAGUGAGAUCGUCUCUAGACACCUUUUUGCAACUCAGUGUUUUCUGCUCCGCAUCAUUCAUUCUCCAGGAGAAAACAUUUGACUGAAGCGUUUGUAGAUUCAGUUGCACCAGGUACAACUUUUUCUGAGAGAAUUUGGAAACUCAUCCUCACUUUGACGCCAGCAGUGUGUGUGUGAGUGUGUGUGUUUGUGUGAGAGAGAGAGUGUGUCCUUGUGUGUGUGUAUCUGAGCCCGGGGCUCCUGUUUCUCACACUGACCUAUUUAUGUGGAGUUGAACUAAGAUCCAGGUUGACAGACGGACCUAAAACACACACACUUGCACACACACACACACACCUUCUCUCCUCUUCCCUGCCAUAUUCUUUUACAGGCGUCUUAUUUUCCACUUUCUAUCUCUCCUUUUAGCCCCAUCUUUUUCACUUUCCUCUGCUUUUUUUGUGUCCAAAUUCAUUUAAAUUCAAUUCAGUUUAAUGUGAACAAUGUUCGUUGGGCAUGGAUCAUUACAAAUGGAUUGAAAACAAAGAUGAAGAGUAACUAAUUCCACAGCAGAUGGCAGUAAAAAAAGGAGACAAAAUCAACGUGAUGAAUAAAGAGAUAUUGAACAGUGAUCAGUGAUUUGGUCCAACAUGUGAAAACAGCUUGAACACAGCUUCGAUCUGGGCCCACACAGACAGAAAAAGAGGAGGAAGUGAAAUGUGUGUCACCUUUAAAUCCUUCCUGCUCCCUCUUGGCAGCUCUUGAACCUCAAAGGGUUCCUUUGUUCGCCGUGGCACAAAAGCUCACAGGGUCACAUGGUCACCGACUGGCACAGACUGGCAAAGAGAGAGAAAAGGGUAGAGAAGAAAAAAGUUAAGGUAGGAGAAGUAGGAGGGAGAAGUGAAACAAGAGAGGAAAGGGCAUGUGAACGAGUGAGACAGAGACCCAUGAGUACAGAGACACUUUUUUCUCCUCCACUGUCUUCAUCUUUUCUUUUCAUUCACACACUCAUGGAGUGGGGAUGUGUGGUACCUUUUCAGUUACUGGAGAGUCUCCACAGCAAGCUGAGGUUGGGCAGUAGCUCGUCCUCCAGUCUGACCGACCUCUCGCAGGCGAAAACACCAGCAGGAGGAGGAGGAGGAGAUUAUGGAGGAACAACUGGAGGAAUGGCUGAGGAGUGCAGCAUGGACAAAAGUACCCAGCAGAGGAGGGCCGGGUCCAACGCCACCUGGAACAGCAUCCACAACGCAGUGAUAUCAGUUUUCCAGAGGAAGGAUCUGGGGGAAAAUGAACUCUACACUCUGAAUGAGGGUGUCAGGCAGCUGCUGAAGACGGAGCUGGGCUCCUUCUUCACUGAGUACCUUCAGGAGCAGUUGCUCACUAAAGGCAUGGUGAUACUGAGAGACAAGAUCCGCUUCUAUGAAGGUCAGAAGUUACUGGACUCCCUGGCCGACACAUGGGACUUCUUCUUCUGUGAUGUUCUGUCCAUGGUGCAGGCCAUCUUCUAUCCUGUACAGGGAAAGGAGCCGUCAGUGCGUCAGCUGGCUCUCCUCCACUUCAGAAACAUCAUCACCCUCAACCUGAAACUGGACGAGGCAAUGUGUCGACCCCGAGCCAGAGUUCCCCCUUCUAUCAUACAGAUGCUGCUAAUACUACAGGGAGUCCAUGAAUCUAAAGGCGUAACGGACGACUACCUUCGUCUGGAGUCUCUCAUCCAGAAGGUGGUCUCUCCCUACCUCGGGACUCAUGGGUUAUAUUCCAGAGAUGGAUCUUCCAAUUUGCACUGCUCCUCCUGCCUAUUAGAAAAGCGUUUGCAGCACUCCUGGCCCUCCAAACCAAGCAGCUCCCCCAUCAGCAAGAACCCAGUGGUACGCUCCAAGAGCUACAACGUUCCGAUGCUGACCCCAGUGGUGGAGUACGACGUCGACUCUUCCAUGGGAAGCUGCACAGGUAUCAGACGACACUCCGUCUCUGAGAUGACUUCCUGCUUAGAGGAGAGCAGCUCUUUGGCUGAAUCCACAACCACCAACAACACCAACAACACCAGCAACACCAGCAACACCAGCACAUCCAGCCUCACCAACCACUCUCCAGCUUCCACAGCCUCUCCUGCACUUUCAGACACCGUGACAUCCAGCCAGGACCCCCAGCCCGGAGAUGCCGACAGCCCUGCAGGUCCUCGCCGUCUCCAGCCUCAGCAUCACUCCCCCUGCAUCCUCCCAGAGCCGUCUCCAGGCGAGGACACACACUGCUCGGGCUCGCUGGUGUCCGACUCGCCCGCCUCCUCCUCCAGAUUGCUAGCUCAAGACACGAGCUCCGGUCCCAGUCCUUCGUCCAGUCCCGAGAUCAUGACGGACCACGUCCCAGAGUCCUUGGACUCGGAACCGGAGCACGAUGGCAUCUUUCUGGACUUCUCACGACGCUGCCCCGGAGGGUUGGACGCACAGCAGAUACACCCUAAUGUAGGGACGUGUGCAAACAAUGCUGAGCCGUGACGACAUUCCUCACAGCCCGAGACACUUCCUGCUGUUUUAUGGAGACUCUAGAUCAUCAGGGAUCCUUUCAAACUAAAUUAUUUUUUUAGAAGAUGUGGUCACCCAUCCCUAACACAAGUCUAACCUCAUGCUGACUGGUUAAAAUAUCAAAUAUCUCUUCAAGAGUAGGGCUAUUGAAUAACUUUGGCUGUCAAAUUCAAACUUGUUUUUAACACUUCACAUGUAAAAGAAACUCUCCAGUUUGACCAGUGAUGCUUCAAUAUUGUUGGUUGAACUUCAACUUAUUUUAUUAACUGAUGAUUAAAAUAUAAAUUUUAAUUGUGUACUCUGCCCCACACUAAAUCUACAGAAUAGAAAUGGUUCCAAUAUAUCUACAAUAUUUUGCUUUUUGGCCUCAUUUACAUAAGAUCAGUGACACAUUUCACAUCCCAUUGUCUUCUGCUGCUUUGAUCCAUUUUUCCUGGUACUAUCAAAAUAAAAGCAGGUCCCAGUGCUUAGUUUAGAGUAGCUUCUAAGUACAGAUUUAGACUUAUGGAAGAAAUGAUCAUAGUAGUCUACUUUUUGAGUUAUCUUAGGUAGUUGUUUUUAGGAAAUGAAACCCUUUAAAUGAUGACGAAUUCAGUCUUCGCAGCUUCCCGAGAGGAUACCAGCCUUGGACAUCAUCCUGCCACUUCCUAGUCAAAUCUAAAGUUCCCCUGAAAGUGGCCUCUGUGUCAACUCAGAGGAUGUGUGAGUCAGUCUUGUCAUUUCAGUCAAGUAUAUUAGGGGACUUUUUCCAUAUUUUUAAUCAAAAUCUAGCUGAACUGGUUGUGUUGACAAAUGCCUCUGUGAGAGAACAGGGGACAGUUUUAAUUAUUAUUUCUAAUGUUAAUCAAAGAUGAUAUUUUCACAGACAUGGCCUCUCCCACUGCUGAUUCUCAGACUUAAGGGUUAUGAGGUUUUAACCAGAUAAUAACAUCAUAUCUCAGCGCCUCUCACAUUGUAUUAGUGUCCACUUAAAAUAGCAGAGAGCCAUGUGUAAAGACUCUGUCGUGCAACUACAGUAGUCUGUCUAAACAGGGACAAACAAGCUUAGAUUUGAUUUGUCCUUGUUUACACAUCUGGGAGAAAAAUCACAAACACUUUCUGUGUCUGAAUGAAUACAGCCUCUAUAGAAAUCUGACAAAUCAUGGAGCCAAUUUUAAUGUUUCUAAACAAUGAGAUCACCGUAGUUUAGCAAAUACUCAAACUUGCCCUUUCAUUCUAAAAAAUAUCCCUUUCGUCACUGAUUAAUAUUGACAUCUUCAGCCUCCCAAUAGUAUAACUGCAAUAUUUCUGUUUGAAUACAGAGACAUUACAAUUUAUAAAACAUUUUUGGAUGAAAACCUUUUAUAACAGUAGUCUAUUUUUAAUUUUGUUUGAAAAAUCCCCAAUGUUUGAUUUUAAACCAAUAAUAUCAGAAAAUAUUUUUGAUAUUAUUUUAUGAUAAAACAUUGCAGACACUGCCAUCUUGUGUCAUUUUCCUUUUCACAGUGCAUUACAGGUGUGUAUUACAUUUUCUUUGCAUUCAAGUAAAUGCUGCAAUAAUACAGUGUGUAGCAGAAAGAUGGGGAAAGGAAAGGAAAAAUAGCAGAAUGGCCCUUUAAUGGUAGGCAGCAUGGAGAGGAGCUCAAUCAGAGACACCUGUGCGCAGGGUGGAGGUGGAGGAGGAGCACUAACACAACAGCAUGAAGGAGAACGGAAAAGAGAUGUUUAGAAGACUUUAACCAGUCUAUAUCUGUCCGCUCAAAGAAAAGUACAGUAGUAAAUUAUAUAUAUAUAGUAUAUCAAAAAGUUGUGAGGCAGUUGUUUCAGGAAGCGGCUGGAUUUUCUGGACGUCCCUGCUGAGCCACCGAUCACCUGAGCAGCUCACAGGAACUGUGUCAACAUGAAGCUGCAUCACACCAUCUCCAGUCCAGCUUCAUACUGAAGGGCCUCAUUGAGACGAACCGGCGGCUCCAAGUAGUACUGGAUGAAGGAGGGACAGGAAGUUAGGAAACGGGACCAGAGAAAAACUCACAGGAACUUCAAAGUCCAGCUGUGUAUCAACGUAAAGCUGCAUCACACCGUCUCCAGUCCAGCUUCAUACUGAAGACACACGGCCCACGAAGCACCACAGAGGAUCAGUCAAAGACGUCUCCUUCCCGUGAAGCUACAAGGCGGGACUCCCCAUGAUGCAAAGUGAAGAAGGAUCCUGGCUUCAGUCCUUUCUGUUCCAGGGCCUCUCUGAGACGAACCGGCGGCUCCAAAACCUGGGCAGGUAAGCUCCGAUGGGGAUUGCUGCAAGGUCAAAUGGUCCGAAGCGCCGCCCGAUCUCCUGAAAGGAAGCGCAGUAGCCGGUAUCACCAGCGAAGAAGAAUCUAUGGUCCGGACCCAAGAUGGACCAGCUGCCCCAUAAAGACUGAGAAAAAGAGAUAAAGAGUUAUGUUUGUGUGCUAAAUACGCUUUCAACUCAAAAUAAAAAAUGCCUCAGCUAUUGGAUUUA